AUGAGCACCGCACCGUCAGCUCCCAAGGGGGCCGCAGCCACGCCCAAGAAGCAGCUGAUCAUCAACGCCUUCGUCGAGUCAUGCAGCGGCCAUCAAUCCCCAGGCCUCUGGCGGCACCCAGACGACCAGUCGGCCAACUUCAACUCCGUCAAGCAUUGGACGCAGCUCGCAAAGCUGUUGGAACGAGGCAAGUUCCAUGGGAUUUUCAUCGCCGACGUCCUGGGUGGUUAUGAUGUCUACAAGGGACCGGAAAACCUGGACCCAGCCAUUGUGUCCGGGGCCCAAUGGCCUGUCAAUGAGCCGUUGGCGGUCGUGUCGGCCAUGGCUGCGGCAACGGAGAGCAUUGGCUUUGGUGUCACAGUGGCCACGACCUACGAACAGCCAUACCAUCUCGCCCGCCGCUUGAGCACGGUUGACCAUCUCUCAGGUGGAAGGAUUGGCUGGAACAUUGUUACCGGCUAUCUGGACUCUGCCGCCCGGAAUCUGGGCCAUACUCAGCAACCGGAGCAUGACGAACGCUAUGCCAUUGCCGAAGAGUAUGUCGACGUCAUGUAUCAGCUCUGGCAAUCUUCGUGGCGGGACGAUGCUGUCAAGCUGGACCGCAAGACAGGUGUCUAUACCGACCCUUCACUGGUUCGAAAGAUCAAUCAUGUAGGCAAAUACUACACCGUCCCAGGGCCGCACAUAUGCCAGCCAUCGCCACAACGGACGCCGGUCAUCAUGCAAGCCGGCACCUCCAGGGCAGGCAAGGCAUUUGCGGCCAAGAACGCAGAAGCCAUCUUUGUUGGCGGACACAGCCCGGCGGUCGUUGCCAAAAACAUUGCCGAGAUCCGGGCUCUUGCCAAAGAGGAAUACGGGCGGGAUCCAUCGUCCCUGAAAUUUCUGGCCAUGGUCUGCCCGGUUUUGGGGAAGACCGCUGAAGAGGCCCAGGCCAAGUAUCAGGAGUAUCUCGCAUACGGGUCCGAAGACGGCGCAUUGGCACUUUUUGGCGGCUGGACUGGCAUAGACUUGGCACAGUAUGAUGACGACCAGGAAUUGAGGCAUGUCGAGUCGAACGCCAUCCGUUCCGCCGUCGAGGGAUGGUCCAAAGCCCAGCCAGGCAUACCAAAGUGGACGAAGCAGACGGUUGCGAAUCACAUCAAAAUCGGUGGUCUGGGGGCAACCGUUGUAGGGACGCCUGAGAUUGUAGCCGACGAGAUGGAACGGUGGGUCAGGGAGGCAGAUGUCGACGGCUUCAAUCUGGCAUACGCACUCAUGCCACAGACGUUCGAGGAGAUCGUGGAAGAUUUGCUGCCUGAACUUCGAAAGCGUGGUCUGUUUUGGGAUGACUACGCCGUCAAGGGAGGGACAUACCGGGAAAACAUUUAUGGCAAGGCUGGUAUCUCGACACCUCCAGCAGACCAUCCUGCCGCGGCUUAUCACUGGAAAGCCGAAUGA